AUGGCGGUCUGGUCAGACGAGUAUCUCCAGUGGAAUCCAGAUCAGUUUGGCAACAUCAGCAGUGUCUAUCUUUCACAGGCUGAUGUGUGGCUUCCAGACCUGGUCCUCUUCAAUGAUGUGAACAGCAUGAAGCCACUGCGGGAUGACAAUGCACUGGUUGUUGUCAACAAUGAUGGAACAGUUCAGUGGCAGCCUGGGUUCAACGCAAACACUGAUUGUAUGGUGGAUGUUUAUAGGUACCCAUUCGACACCCAGACUUGUUCACUAAUCUUCACUACUUGGAUGAUGACAUCAGACCACAUUCAAGUUGUGACAGAGACAUUUUACACCAACUGGUCCACGGUCAACCAGGAGUACUACAUAGCAUCAGAAAGGGCCGACCCUUAUGACGAAACAACAUCCUACAACGAUUACUGGACGCAAGGUGGGAACUUCACGUUGACGUUGAAGCGCCGUGUCACGUUCCACGUGCUGAGCACGGUGCUGCCGCUGUUGUCGUUCUCGCUCUUAACGCCGCUGGCCUUCCUCGUUCCAGAAAGCGGUGGCGAGAAGCUGACCCUGGCCGUCAGUCUGGUGCUCACCAAUCAGGUGUUCCUCGUCUCCCUCAGCGGUUCUAUGCCCACCUCGGGUGACACCAUUUCCCUCCUAGGUGAUGUUGUACACAGCGAUACAGAUAAUGUUUGGAUUCCUAGCCUUGAUUAUAAACGCACUCGUCUUGUACUUACCAAACCAAAACAACGAAAAAGAAGAUGGCAUGCUUUCAAGACCACUCGGAGAGAGCGAAGGCUCCUUCUUCACCAGAAGAAACACGGUUCAAACUGUAAGGAAGAGAUCCGCAGUCUCCCCCAGUCCUUCCGAACAUCCUGUUUCUACUGUCAACACCACACGUUUACCGGACCACCACAGCACCAGGCUCCUCAAGGAGGAUUCUUCAGGGUACAGAGUCUGUCCUAA